AUGGAGACACCGUCCACUUCCGGGCCUAUCUCCCAACCGCGAAUCGGAGGGCCAGCCACUGCAGUCUUCCUCCAAGAUGCAUGCUUGCAGCACCGUUAUAUUCGCUCUAGGGAUACUUCUAAUAUUGUCGAGCUCCCAGAACGGCUUCGAGCCGUCAAGUUGGGUAUCGCAGCUGCUGUCGCGCGGCUUGAGGAUGAGCACAACAUGGUUUCGAGCUCACCAUCGUCGGUGGAGAAGCCAAACGUGUUGACUACCAGCGGUUCCACUGCGUCCACAGUUUCUGCUGUCAGUACGAACUUGUCCACGGACUCUGCUGACGAUCUCGCCGCGGCCCUGGGAGAUCUCAACAUUGCUUCAUCCUCGAUCUCAAGCCCAUCCACAGUCUCUGAGGAACUUCUCCUUUCCUCGAACUCUGACACACCUCCACCACUCCGCAUUUUUCGAUCCUCGGCCAAGGUUGAUAUCCUCAAUAACGCAGCUGUCAAGUACGUUCAUGGUGAUAUAGAAGGUGACGUCUAUCUCGAGAAACUUCGAGAUCUGGCCAGAGACAGUGCAGAAAAGAUCAAGCAAGGACAGAGUGAGAUUCCGGACGAGUGGUCUCAAGGCGAUUUGUACCUGUGCCCGCAAUCUCUGGACGCAAUGCAAGGUGCCCUUGGGACAGUUUGCGAAGCUGUCGAUACUGUAAUACGUGACGACAAUCCUACGAAGAGAGCCUUUGUUACGAUUCGACCUCCUGGGCAUCAUUGCGGGGAAGACACGCCUUCCGGGUUUUGUUUCGUGAACAAUGUAGCUGUCGGGGCUGCUCAUGCCCACCUCAAACAUAACAUCAAGCGCAUCCUCAUUUUCGAUAUCGACCUGCACCAUGGGAACGGCACCCAAUCGAUUGCCUGGCAGAUCAACGAAGAAACCUAUCGCUCUAAGAUCGAAACCGAAGCAGCAGGACUGGGCGCUCCGCCACCACCACCUCCCGGCGCCCAGAUCUUCUAUGGAUCCGUCCACGACAUACUUUCCUAUCCCUGCGAGGACGGCAAACCACAUCUCGUGCAAGCAGCCUCCGUUUCCAUUCACGGUCCUCACGGACAAUACAUUGAAAAUGUCCACCUCGAGCCUUACGAGUCUGAGACGCAGUUCUUUGACGUGUUGUAUAAAGGCGCUUAUAGCCGGCUAUUGACAAAAGCCAGAGAGUUCGUCGAAACUACGGGGGAAGGGAGUGACGAUGUUCUCGUGUUCAUCAGUUGCGGCUUCGACGCCUCUGAACACGAAUAUCCCUCAAUGUCCCGCCACGCUCGUAAAGUCCCCACUUCCUUCUUCCACCGAUUCACCCUCGAUGCCUGUGCAUUCGCCUCUCAAUACGCCAAAGGCAGACUCAUCAGCGUGCUUGAGGGAGGGUACAGCGGCAGGGCGUUGUUGAGUGGCGGGAUGGCCCAUAUCGUAGGGUUAGUUGAUUCUGAGAAAGAGGGUGAGUCGGUGGAGGAGAAGACGAGAUCGAGAGAGAGAUGGUGGAGUAAGGAUAAUGUGUUAAUGCUCGACAAACUCACCAAGAAGCCCUCCCGACGUGCUCCUCGCUCUUCCACCGGCAAAGCAGCCUCUUCUUCUGCCCUGAACAAUAGUCCUUGGUACAACCGUACAGCUGCCCUCCUCGAACUCUUCGAUCCCGCGUCCAACUACCCGUCUAGUAGUGCGAACAAAGCACCGUUAGUCCCGCCAAGUACCAGGACACUAAGGACUAGGUCGCCAAAUCCGAUGGGUUCGAAGUUGAAGUCGCCGGGACAAUCUCCAAAAGGGAUCAAGAGCGCUGGUGGUCCGAGAGGUAAAAGAAAGGAUGUCAAGGAGGUGCGGGUAGUGAGUAUGAGUGAGAGUACGGGGUCGAGCUUCAGUACCAGUGAGGAUUCCGAGGUUGAUGUCGAUGGGGGUGUGGUGCCGGAGGUGAAAAUCGAGAGUGUCGUAGAGGUUAAAGGUGAGGGUGACAAGGAGCUGGCUACGUCAAUCCCUACCAGUGUCAGCGCAGAGAAGAAAUUGCCCAGGGUGGUAUUGAAGUUGGGGACACGUCCUGAUCCUGAACUCUGA